CGGAGUUUCCGGUGUGCUGUGACACGCAUGCGUCUGAACUUUUACCUGUCACGUGUGCUUGUGACAGCCUUUACUGUUUUUACAUUUAAAUUAAUUUUCAUAAAUGUAUUCAGUUUUGUUGUGAAACAGUAGUAUAUCUUGAUUGCAGUUUUCAGAAAAAUAAUAUGGCCAUUAACCUUUGAACUUUGGUUCCGAGACGCUGCACUAAUGGCGAUACACUGUAUGUAAACAAGCAGAUAAAUCCUGAACUAGGAAAGACGCGUGUCAGUGCUUGCGUUAAAAGUGUUUUAGAUGCAAUAGUUAAACGGGGAGGUAUGGAAAUGUUACAAUACCCAUGUGACGUUUUAAUCCGUUAAAUUAGCGUUCCAGUGUCCUUUCCUAUACGAACCUUACGUUAACUCUGAUACUGUAAAUUACAUAGAACACGUCAUGAAGCCAGGGACAGAUGAAGUGGAGAAGAAGGUCUUGCAGUAUGAGGCCUUCGUGAAUGAAGUCCUCAAGAGAGACCUAAAAAAGCUGCUGGAGCAAAGGGAUGAGGUAUAUGAAAAAAUCUCUCAGUAUCUGCAGCUUAAGAACGUCAUCCAGAGCCUUCAGGAGUCUGAGAGUAAAGAAAUUAAAACUGAUGUGGACCUUGGCUGUAAUUUUUACGUUCAGGCUCAUGUGCCAGACACUUCAAAGAUUUUUGUGGCAAUUGGCUAUGGUUUCUUUGUUGAAUUCACACUUUCAGAAGCACUGAGUUUUAUUGAAAAGAAAACCAAGCAACUGACAGAAUACAGUGAAAUGCUCACAAAAGAUUCUGCAAAAAUCAAAGCCAAUAUUCGUUUGUUUUUAGAGGGAUUACGGGAGAUACAAGGUUUACAAGAUCCUCCUAACAACUGGACCCCAGAUGUUUUCUAGAACAUGAUGGCCUGUUUGGAAGAACUAUGCUGUAUUCUGUUAAAUACACAGUUCUUUUCAGAAGCCUGAUGAUGCCAUUUAUUCCCCAUCUACAGCUGUCUCCAGGGCUUGAAUAAAACCUUUUCUCAUGGUCUGGUUAAGAGUUAGACAUAAUUCCACAUUUGUUUACAUUGUUGGUUUUAAGGAUUGCAGUGUCUUACGAUACUUUUUUGACUAAUAAUCAAAAUUAUAUCUUAAAAAAUGACUCUGGUGCUAAUUUUAAGCAUAGACACAAAAUGAUGCUUUGUUCACAGUUUAAGGAAGUAUGAUUUGGGCAUAUAAAAUGUAUAACUAUCUGCAUGAUUCUGAUUUUUACAAUUAAUAUCAGGUGCAGCAGACGAAGUUCCAACUCCUGGGGAUAUAACCGAAGGAGGGACACUCUCUGUGUAAUACUUGCUUUUUGUCUUUAAUCUUAUUGUGUUUGUUUUUCAUUCUUAUAUUACAAAGUCUCUUUUGAAGUUAGUCAAUGAAAUUAAUUCCACUUCAGAAAUUGUGUUAUAUGGCAGAUACCACCUCUACAAAAGAACGUAUUCACUUAUUAAAUAUUUAAAAAAAAAAUAGAUUUGCAUUGGUGUUGAAGGUUGCAGUAAAAACCAAGAACAGUAUGUUACAAAAUUGCUGUGUAUUAUAACCUGUAAAUAUAAAGUGUAUAGGUUUUUAUGUUGGAAUAAACUUUUAAUAGC